GAAUUUUUCGAGCUUAUCCGUGGAAUUGGUGAAGCCAAAUCUAAACAAGAGGAAGAUAAACUCAUCCUCAAGGAAAUGGCUAUUCUCAAAACAGGAAUGGAAAAUCCAAAAGUUACUUUGAAAUUGAUGAAGGAAUAUAUGGUUAGACUUUUAUAUUGUGAAAUGCUCGGACAUGAUGCAUCAUUCGGAUAUGUUAAUGCUAUUAAACUCACAUCAAGUAAGGAAAUGUUGGAAAAGAGAAUGGGUUAUUUGGCUGUUACUCUCUGUUUACCUCCAGACCAUGAAUUAUUAUUAUUAUUGAUUUCAAAUUUACAAAACGAUAUGAAAUCUACUAAUUUUGUAUCUGCUUGUUGUGCUUUAACAGCAGCAGCUAAGAUUGUAAAUGAGGAAACAGUACCUGCUCUUCUUCCACAAGUACUUGAAUUGAGAAAACACGCUAAACCAAUAGUAAGAAAGAAGGUUAUUUCAACCCUCCAAAGAUUUUAUCAAAUCAGUCCUUCAUCAGUGCCAGACAUUGUUGAAUACGCUAAGGAAUCACUUUGCGAUAGAGAUCCAUCUGUUAUGGGUGCUUCACUUUGCUUAAUUUAUGAUCUUUUAGUCUCACAAGAAUAUACAAGACAACUCAAGGAUCUUGUACCAGGUCUUGUUGCUAUCCUUAAACAAAUUAUUGAAAGAAGAUUAUCAAGAGAUUUUGAUUAUCACAGACUUCCUGCUCCUUGGAUUCAAAUUCAUGUAUUGAAAUGUUUGGCUUUACUUUGUGCUGAUGAUAGACAAUCUUCUGAGUUGGUUUAUGAAGUUUUACGUGAUGGUAUGCAAAGAGCUGAUACUGGUCUUAACAUUGGACAUGCUGUGGUUUUUGAAUUUGUGAAAACAAUUACAACUAUUUAUCCAAAUAACUUACUAUUGGAAAGUGCUGCUAGUGCUAUUAGUAGAUUUAUUACAAGCUCAAAUCAUAAUCUCAAGUAUUUGGGUAUUCAAUCCCUUACUCAAAUUGUUAAAAUCAAUCCAAAGUACGCCAUUCAACAUCAAAUGGUAGUUAUUAAUUGUUUGGAAGAUACUGAUGAAACUUUGAGAAGAAGAACAUUGGAAUUACUUUUCACCAUGACAAAUGCUAACAACGUUACUGUUAUUGUGAAGAGACUUUUGGAAUUUGCUAAAAAGUCUAUUGAUGCUCACAUGAGAAAGGAUCUUAUUGAAAGAAUUUCAAUUCUUGCUAAGAAUUUCUCACCAAGUAUUCCUUGGUACCUUGACACUAUGAAUAGCCUUUUUGAGAUUGAUCCACAAUAUAUUCCUCAAGAAUCUCUCCAAAAUAUGAUGAGUGUUAUUGGUGAAGGAGUUGGUGUUGAAGAAGAUGAUGCUGAAAUGAGAAGUCACUGUGUUGAAACUUUCUGUAAUGUUGUAGAUUCAAAGAAUGUUAUUCACGAUCUUCACAUGCAAGUUAUUGCUUGGGUUUUGGGAGAAUAUAGUUAUAUGAAUGAAUCUUAUGAUUCUUCUGAUAUUUUGGCUAAGUUAUGCGAAUUAGUUGAAAGACAGUUGGAAUUUGAGGAAACUAGAUGUUGGAUUAUUACAGCUAUGCUCAAGAUUAUCGCUCAAUGUAAAUAUGCUUCUCCUGAAAUUGUUGAAUACUUUAGAAAGUACAAAGAUUCCAAGAAUGUUGAUUUACAACAACGUUGUUAUGAAGGUAUUGCUCUUGUUGAUGCAUGUGAAAGAUGUGGAUGGGAUGAUAUCAUGGAUGCAGUUCUUCCACUUGAUGGAGCUUAUGAGGAUAUUGAAGUUGAUUCCAAAUUGAGCUUUGGUCAAGAGUAUGUUAAUGGUUUAUUGAGAAAGGGAGCUAAAAAGUAUUUGAGCACUGAUGAUCAACGUCAAGUUCUUUCUGAUGUUGCCACAAAGCCUGCUAAACGCCAACUCAAGUUUGACAAAUAUGAAAAUCCAACUUCUUCAGUACCA